AUGUUGCGGCCUGUUAAAAACUACGAGACGACUACAAAUGUAUCACUGGAAAUGAUCAUCUUUGCCAUCCUAGAUAUGCACUGGACUAAUGAACACAUUACGUGGCAGCCAGAUGACUUUUGUGGAAUGAAGACUAUUUUGGUUCCUGCUGAUAUUUUGUGGAAGCCAGAUCUCAUCAUUCCAGAGAUGACAGAGACAUACAAGGACUCUCAAAGUCCUUAUCUCAAGCUUUUCUAUGGUGGUUAUGUUCAAUGUUGGAAACCUCAGGUGCUAGUCACCGCCUGCAAGAUGCAAGUCCACAAAUUCCCCUUCGACAUGCAGACCUGUAACAUUUCGUUCAGGUCUAUCACUCACACUGAUGAGGAACUGAACCUUAAAGCCAUCUUUAACUCUACAGAGGCCACAAAGUGGUCUCAUGAUUAUAUGGACACCCAAUAUGAGUGGCUUUUUAUCAACAUAACAACCACCGAGAGAAUUUUCGACUACUUUGACAUCAACCAAAGCAUGAUCGUUUACACCAUCACAAUGAAGAGGCGAUCAGUCCUCUACUCAUUCAACUUCUUGCUGCCUAUCCUGUUCUUCUUGUGUCUGGACUUUGCCUCCUUCCUGAUCUCAGACAAUGGGGGUGAGAAGCUGAGCUUCAAGAUCACUGUGCUGCUCGCUGUCACUGUGUUGCAGAUUAUUCUCAAUGAAAUCCUGCCUUCGUCAUCAGAUAGGGCCCCACUUAUAGUGGUCUACUGCGUUGGAGUUUUUGGUUUUAUGCUGCUCAGCCUCCUGGAGACCAUUGUUGUGAUGUAUCUGAUGGAGAAAGACUCUGAAUCCCGAGACAACGAGGCAGACAGAGACCGAAGCCUGAAUGAGGACAGUGGGAACAAGCAUGGCGAAGCGAAAUUCAACUGUAAUGGAGCUUUUGAGACAUCUGUCUGA